ACCCUGCCCCCUUCUCUUCCAGGGGCCCCACGAUGAACGGCUCAGUGGAUGGGCUAGCAGGUCUGGAGGUGCCCGAGGACCCUGAGGCAUGCGAGCCCAGGGACCCAAUGCAGUUCCUGCUGGUGCCCCUGGUGUACUGCCUGGUGCUGUGCGUGGGGCUGCCGGGCAACCUGAUGGCCCUGCUGGUCUUCCUUCAGAGCAGCAAGGUGAAGAAGGCCAUCCGCAUCUACCUCAUCAACCUCACACUGGCCGACAUCCUCUUCAAUCUCACGCUGCCCCUCUGGAUCCCCUACUACUUUGCCGGGGGGCACUGGGUGCUCUCAGAGGCAGCCUGCCGUGUGGCUGGGGCUGCCUACUUCCUGGCCACUUACAGUGCCAUCAUCUUCAUGACCCUCAUCAGCGUGGACCGCUACUGCACCGUCCGCGUGGCCAGGCUGGACCUGGUGCUGAACCGGCGCUGCGGGGCCCUGGUGGCCUGCAUGGUGACCUGGCUGCUGUGCUUGUGCUCGGUCCUGCCCUCUGUGGUGGUCCAGCAGACCUUCCCCAUGGGCACGCGGCGCGUUCAGUGCUUCGAACAGUACGCGGGGCAGCGGAGCUACGCCUGUGUAAUGGUGGCGCUCUUCAUCCUCUCCUUCCUGGUGGUGAUGGGUAGCUAUGUUUCUAUCAUGAGGUCCCUCUCAGACAGUACCACUGCUUCCCAAGGUGCCCACCGCCGGCUGGCCCGUGCCAUGGUGCUGGGCAUGUUGCUGGUGUUUCUGGUCUGUGUGGCCCCCUAUCACUUCAUCUUGGUGCCCUGGAUGCACAGCCAUGCCGGGGCCCCUCACUGCCGCCCGCCCUCUGCCUUGGACAACCUGCACACUCUGAGCGUGGCCUUGCUCAGCCUCAACAGCUGCACUGACCCACUGAUCUACUGCUUCUCCAUCAAGCGCUUCCGGGACGACCUCUGGCAGACAGCGCGCAAGAUCCUCCGCUGCCUGCCCCUGCCUCCGUCCGCACCGGAGAGGCCUGUGCCCCCUGUCAGGUCCUCCUCCUUCACCUCCUCAUAGGCAGGGCUGCAGGUGGGCUGGGGCAGGGUCGCUGCUGAACCCCUGGCCCUGCACUUGCCUUGAUGCCAGCAUCUCUCAGCCAUGCUCCAAGUCACCAAGCUUACUCCAUGAGCUCUUCUGAGCAGACCUGCUCACCUGGCAACAGGAUCCCUCCUGCCUCACUGGAUGUUGGGCAACAUCUUGGUGGGAAUCAGUUCCCCAUGGCUGUGGUCCUUCCCACCAGCCAGCUGCAUGGUGGGAAGUUAUCAGGGAGCAGAGGAGUCUGAACUGCCCUUCACGUGAUGCCAACAUGGUGAGAAGCUGCUCCCAGUGCACCCUGGCCCUCCUGGCAGACAUUGCCUUGGCCUCUGCUUUGCCUGGGGUGGGAUUUUGGAAGUGCUGCCUUUGCAUCCCCUUCAUGCUGUGGUCCAGAGAAAGGCCUCUCAAGCUGUUGUGGUGGCAGAGGGAAGUCAUGGCCCAUUGGGGUGCUCUCCUCGCUGGCUUAGCAGCUCUUUGGAGCUGGCUGCCACAUUCACCCUCCUGCCUCUCUGGCUCCUCCACUUUAAACCCGGCUUGGGCAGACACCCGCAGAUGGCAGUGCCUCCUCACCCACCCAUCAGCCUGGUCAUGAUGAGGUCUCCAACCCCAUGGGGCUGUCAGUGCCAGCAGGAAUUACCAUGUGGUGUUAUGCCCAAGGCUGGGCUCAUUCUCUACCAGGAGGAGGGCACAGGAUCCCUGGAAAUACCUAUGUGAGUGU